AUGUUGCGAGUUCUCGCUGUUGCCUGUGUAUUGGCCUUGGCCCAAGGUGAUGUUCUUCUUGAGAAGCCAAAAGCUCCUCUGAACGAGGCCAGAGUGCUCUUUUCUAAAACACCUUUAAGUCAGUAUGCUAUCGAGAACAUGGAGUUCGUCUUGGAAUACUUCUUGGUCAACGUUGGAGACAAACCAGCUACCAAGGUCAGACUUGAUGACAGAAAGGGAUUUCCAACUCAAGACUACGAUCUUGUGAAGGGUCUUUUGCAGGUACGCUUUUAAUUUUUCAUUUUAUUGAGGUUUAGGUUAGUUUAAUUGGUGAAUACUGGUUUUCAACGAUAAAUAUAAAUUGAUUGAAAUCUUAAAACAAUAUUUUAGGUUCACUGGGACAACUUGGCUCCAGGAGAGAACGUUACCCACUCUGUUGUCGUGAAGCCAAAGAGAUUCGGUAUCUUCAACCACACUGCUGCCGUCGUAUCGUACUACCCAACUGAAGAUGCCAAGGAAGCUCGUGUUGGAUACUCAACCGCUCCAGGAGAAGGUACCAUCUACUCUCAACGCUCAUACGAACGUAGAUUUGGCCAAAGAUACACCACUUGGUUGUUGUUCGCUGUUCUGAUCGCUCCAGUCACCGUUCUUCCUUUCUACUUGUGGCUCGGAUACAAGAACCAAUACCCAGAAUCCAACCAAAAACAAGAAGUUGAAACCAAGAAAAAGUCUAAAUAA